GUGGGUUGGCGCAUGCGCAGUACCUUAGCGCGGGCCUGACUGUCAUGGAGGAGGGAAUGGAAGUAGAGAACGUGGCUGAUCCUGAAGCAGCAGGAGUUGCAGAGCCAAAGAAGAAAGCAGAAGGGAAGACAAGAAAUGUCCCGUGGGUGGAGAAGUACCGCCCACAAAAGCUAUCAGAAAUUGUUGGUAAUGAAGAUACAGUGAAACGACUUGAAGUUUUUUCGAAAGAGGGAAACGUCCCAAACAUUAUUAUAGCCGGUCCCCCAGGAACUGGUAAAACAACCAGUAUACUAUGCUUGGCCAGGACGCUAUUGGGUGCAUCAAUGAAAGAUGCAGUGCUAGAGCUGAAUGCAUCUAACGAUAGGUAUUCAAUAUUAGCAUUAUUGUUGUUGUUGUUGUUGUUAUUAUUUUUAUUUAGGGGGAUUGAUGUUGUUCGGAACCGGAUUAAAAUGUUUGCGCAUCAGAAAGUCACCCUCCCCCCGGGGAGACACAAAAUCGUCAUACUUGACGAGGCGGACAGCAUGUCUGAUGGAGCCCAACAAGCACUAAGACGAACGAUGGAGAUUUAUUCAAAGACUACCAGAUUCGCUCUCGCUUGCAAUGACUCCGAGAAAAUUAUCGAACCCAUACAAUCCCGCUGUGCAAUGUUAAGAUACUCUCGACUCUCCGAUGCUCAGAUACUUGAGAGGCUAUUGGAAGUUUGCGACAAAGAAAAUCUCAUUCGCACUGAUGAUGGAUUGGAGGCCAUUAUAUUCACAGCUCAAGGAGACAUGAGGCAGGCACUGAAUAACUUACAGUCGACUAAUGAUGGUUUUUCAUUCAUAAAUUCCGAAAAUGUUUUCAAAGUAUGUGAUGAGCCACACCCACUGUUAAUUAAAGAGAUGCUCACUCACUGUAAUAAUUCCGAUAUUGACUCCGCCUUCUUGAUAUUAAUGACCCUCUGGGAUAAAGGAUACUCGGCUCACGAUAUCAUCACGAGUAUCUUCCGUGUCUGUAAGACUCACUCAAUGUCGGAGUACCUGAAAUUAGAAUACCUUAAGGAAGUUGGUUAUACUCACAUGAGGAUCAUAAAAGGUGUGGACUCAUUGUUGCAGCUGUCGGGAUUACUAGCAAGACUCUGUAUGAAGACAUCAGAUUGACACUAUAUCCUUCUCUAUCUAUUAUUUAACUACAUUAACCUUUCAGCAUUACAUGUAUAUGUACAUUGCACACAUCACUGAGGUAAUUUUAAUGUAUUUUUAUUAUUAAUAAAUAAUGAUGCUAAAAGUACCAGCUAUUGUUCAAUAUAAAAUCAAGUUGCAGCGCUUUCAUGUGUAUAGUAAAGUAAUAUUUCAUGUGUGCUCAUUUUUUGGCUGCUUUUGGAUGACACGGAACUUAAAGUUGUAUUUUUAUUGAGGGCAGUCUGCCUGUGCUGCUAGUAUUCAAGAUAAUAGUACCUUUUGUUAGUGCAAGAAAAUAAGGACUCUACAUCUACUUCUCUUUGCCCCAGAAAAAAAAGAGCGGGAAUAUGAACAGUAUUGUUAUCAUUACAGCUGCACUGCUAAGUCUUCUUCAUUUCUCUAAAGGCUACAACUUUUACCAUUCCUACUACUCCGGAGCUAACCUCUUUAGUCUUAAUGAAGGCUGCAAUGAACUGCUAGAAAUAAAACAAGAAGAAGAAGGAGGAGAAUGUACUUCAAGAGUCAAUAGUGAUCUUGUCAAGGCACUGGCUGGUUGUGCUGACGCCAUGAAAGGGAUUAACGAGUGUUAUAAGUCUGGGGCCGUGACUGCAGAGGGUCUGAGAAAGAUAGAGAAAUUGAGGAGGGUUCUGGGGCAGACCGAGGUUGUCCUGGCCAAUUGUCCUAAUCGAGAGAAAGACGAUUUGACUAAAGCAUUAGAUGAUUGUACCAAUGCAUGUAGUGACGUGAUAGGUUGCAAUCAAUGAUGUAUUUAUGAUGUGAGGAUCUUGUUGUCACUCAAACUAAUUCAUAUAACUGUAAUUUUUAUUACUUAAUAAUUUAUCAUAAAUAAAACAUACAAGUAUAUGUAGCUAAUAAUAAUAAUAAUAAUUAAAAUAAUGAUAAUGAUAAUACUUAUUAAUUUUAAAAAUCAACAACAGAAACAGUCACAAUAAUAUAAUGGGAUCCUUAUAGAGCGUUUGUAUUUAAUAACAAUUACUGAUUAUUAUUAUUGUUAUUAUUAAAUGAACUAGCUAUCAUUUAAUAUCAAG